UCUAACCUGCUCUAACCUCGCUUUUUGACUACUUUUUUGGUGCAAAUAAACUUGUGAAAUGUCAACUGAUGUAGAAAAAUCUGAUGAAAAUCAAAAAGAUGAAGAGCCUUUUGGUUUGGGGUGCGCUUUGGAGUUGUUUUCCGAAUCGGUGGAAGUAAUGAACAUGAUUGAUUCAAUUAAAAGUGUUGUGUCAGCCCCAAUAUCUGUGUUUGAAAGAGCAUACGAACGGUUUGUGUACAUUCUUACUCAGUAUCAAGAACAACCACAUCUUUUAGAUUCUCAUCUCGAAGUUUUAUUAGAGAAAUGUAUUGCUUUAAUAAGAGACCAAUCUAACCCACCUGAAUUAAAACAUGCCGUGUUUAAAUACAUGCAUGUUAUUAUUAGUGUUAGAGGUUACAAAGACGUUGUUAAACGUUUACCACAUGAGGUUGCUGAUUUUGAACCUGUUCUCCAAAUGCUUGAACAGCAGGACCCAUCUGAUUCAGAUACUUGGUUUACAAGAUACGUUCUUCUGUUGUGGCUCUCAAUAAUUGUUAUGAUUCCAUUUCAUAUGUCUCGUUUAGAUGGAUUUACUAACUCAAAUGAUAAUAAAAAGACUGUUAUGCAGAGGGUGUUUGAAGUGUGCAAAGUAUACAUUGUUGUGCCUGAUAAAUGUAGAGAUGCUGCAGCAUAUUUAAGUGCCAGGUUUUUAACAAGAUCUGAUACUAAAGAACAUUAUUUGAAAUCGUACUUCAAUUGGACUUAUGAGAUAAGUACCAAUCCUGAAAGCUCCGUUUUUGUGAAAUCUGGGUGUUUAGCAUCAAUAGCUAUGAUUUUAAAGUAUGGCAAACGAGAAGAUUUGGUUGCUCAUGUUGGUAAUUUAUUGCAGUGGAUAAUUUCUGCCAAUUUUAAAAAUGACCCUGGUACUAACAUUCAGAAGUUAGUCUACAAAAACAUUCAGAGAAUAGGUUUAACAUUUUUACCUGUGAGGAUUGCUUCAUGGAGAUAUCAACGUGGCAAUCGGUCAUUGGCAUCUAAUCUAAGUGCAGGUGAUGGAGAAAAAGAUUUCCUUUCACCAUCCUCUCCAACUGAUUCUAAUGAACAAGAAGAAAACAUUGAAGUACCAGAUGAAGUAGAAGAAGUUAUAGAUCAACUUAUUCAUGGCCUUGCAUGCAACAACAGUGUUGUAAGGUGGUCUGCUGCAAAAGGUAUAGGAAGAGUAACUGGUCGUUUGCCUAAAGAUUUGGCCGACGAAGUUGUGGGAACAAUUUUAGAGAGUUUUAAUCCUCGAGAAGGUGAUGCUGCUUGGCAUGGGGGUUGUUUAGCUUUAGCUGAGUUAGGAAGAAGGGGUCUUCUUUUACCAGUUCGAUUACCUGAAGUCAUUCCAGUGAUCCAAAAGGCACUUUUUUACGAUGAACCUCGCGGUUAUUCAUCAGUGGGCUCUCACGUAAGGGAUGCUGCGUGCUAUCUUUGUUGGUCUUUCGCCAGGGCUUACGACACAUCAGUAUUAAAACCCUUCGUAAACCAGAUUGCGAGUGCUCUUUUAGUUGCCACUUGUUUUGACAGAGAGAUUAACUGUAGAAGGGCGGCUGCAGCGGCCUUCCAAGAGAAUGUAGGACGUCAGGGUACUUUUCCUCAUGGUAUAGACAUUGUUACUGUCGCCGACUUUUAUGCUGUGAGCAUUCGUAGCAAUGCUUACCUCAAUAUUAGUGUAUACAUUGCCCAGUUCAAUGAAUAUACUAUGACGUUAAUUACACAUCUUAUUGACAGAAAGGUGGAUCACUGGGAUAUCGCCGUUAGGGAACUGACCGCGAAAGCCUUCCAUAAUCUCACCCCUUCGGCUCCAGAAUACAUGGCAAAAAAAGUUUUACCCUCGCUUUUUGAAAAAGCAACUAGUAUUGACUUAAAUAGUAGACAUGGAGCAAUCCUGGCGAUUGGUGAGAUCCUUCUGGCUCUUUCACGUCUUAGCGAAGAUAAAGGCGUAAAGAUGGAAGACCUCGUUACAGUCGAAACGUUCAAACAAGUGGAAUGUUUGAUCAGGAAUUUUCAAGAACGAUUGUACUUUAGAGGGAUGGGAGGUGAAUUAAUGCGUCAGGCUUGCUCUAAUCUCAUUGAAAAGUGUUCUUUGGCACAUAUGCCUUUCCAUAACACCAAAGUUAUAGAAGAUUGGCUAUCUCUACUAAAUGACUGCUUAUCGUAUGAGGUGCAAAUAAUUCGCACUUGUGCAGUACAUGCACUUCUACCAUUCUUUUCUGAAUAUUUCAAAGGUGAUUCAGUAGAUUUAUUGGCCAAAAAGGAAAUGAUAGUGACCAGAUAUGUGAAGGAAAUGAAAUCUCCUAGUCAAGUAAACAGAAUGGGCUAUUCUUUAGCUCUUGGGAUGCUACCAGAUUUUAUGUUGAAGCCCCAUUUAAACAUUAUACUUGCUGGCCUCAUUGAAGCCAUGUGUAUUGAUCAGCAUACUCAAAAAUGGUCAGAAAGUCGACGGGACAUUAUCAAAGCCAUCAAUUCGAUCUGUUGCACUUUAGAGGAUGAAUUGGGAAAAGAGAUAAGUAGCAACGAUAUAAUGGCAAUAUAUGAAGUGUAUUUUACUGGUUUGUCAGAAUAUACUCAAGACAAGAGGGGUGACAUUGGGGCUUGGGUGCGAGAAGCCUCAAUGUCCGGCCUCCAGACUAUGACUCUUUUGCUAGCAAAAAAAUGUCCCCAUUUAUUAACCUCACAAGUCGUGACAAAAGUUGUGGCUGGUUUAGCCCAACAGGCUGUUGAAAAAAUUGAUAGAACCAGAGCUUUGGCAGGGAAAAUGUUUUCCAACAUUAUACACAGUGAUCCUAGAGUACCAAACAUCCCCCACCACGACGUAUUAGUUGGAAUAUUUUCCCAGGAAGAAUGUGAUGCCCUUAAUUGGCACUCUGCAAAUAGUACCUUUCCCAAGUUCGUUCAGUUAAUAGAAUUGGAGGAAUUUACUUAUAAUCUUAUGUUAGGAAUAAUAACUAGUGUUGGUGGUAUGACUGAAACUUUAGUAAAAAAUUCUAGUAGUGCUCUGUUUACGUAUUUAAAAGAACAAGAAAAGAAAAAGGGCUUAGAAGAGAUCCAGAGAGUGUGUGAAACUAUUUCUGAAAUAUUCCAUAAUUAUCAAAAAGUUGAUAGGAUUACCGUGUCAAUUUUGAGAUUUCUUAGCAGGAUAAUGACUUCUGGAUGUUUAACAAACAUUUUGGACUUUCAAAAGUCGGAUUUUGCUAAGAAAAUUUUAAAAUUAGUUCAAUUAGAAAUAGCUGGAUGUAGAGAUGUUUACAAGUUGGUCGAUGGAAUUGACGUUCUUUGCCAAUUCAUUCAGGUACGAAGUGAAGUCUGCAGUACCGCCCUGGUCCAGCUUAGUAUUUUGUUGUGCCAUCGACAAAUUUAUAUAAGACGUUCAACAGCCACAAAAUUGUACGAAGCCCUUUUGGUUUAUGGUGAUAACUCGGUCAUUCCUUCCGAAAAUUUAGACGAAAUUAUGAACAUUUUGAGCAUGACAAACUGGGAAGAGCCAUUGGAAAACUUACGAGAAAUUCGCAAUAAUUUGUGCACACUAAUGAACAUCAAAAAGCCAGUUUCUAAAAGUGUUAACAAAGCUUUAACUUAAAAAGAGACUUUUAUUGUCCUCUUGGACACUAAAACAAAGUGAUAUAAUAAUGUGAACUUAUUAAUUGAUAACACUAUACAUAAAAAAGAAUAAACUACACUAAAAUGCACAAAUAUUUAUACCAAUUUUGCUCUUGAUUUCUGCGCUUGUUAUUUUAUUAUAUUUAUGUUACUUUUAUACUUAUAAUUAUUUAAUUUCUAAUUAAAUGCUUUUUUAUACA